AUGACAGAUAAGCGCCCCAACACAGCCCUGUGUCCUCCUUCCACUGGCAGAAGACUCAUAGCUCAGGGCUCCGAGGAGGCAGAGCUAGAGCGAAAGCAAACAAGGCGAGCCAAAAAGCGUCUGUUCACACCACCACCACCACCACCACCACCUCCUCCUCCUCCUCCAAUCCCGGUAGCAACGCAAGUAUCAUCGACAUCGACAGCGCUCCCAUCCACCCACCCACCAGUCCAAGCUCUGACCCGCCCUCGAAACCGACUUCAAGUUCCCAACUUGACUCACUUGAAUCGCAACUUCCGCGCCGUACAGCCGAUGUCACCGCAUCCCAACGACACGAAUCGGAAUCACAUCGAGCUUCGCAUCCGUGUUCAGCUCUGA